ACGUUUAAAUAAUAUAAACAGUACAAUUGUGAUGUUAGUUUAAUCGUUCCUAUCAUCCGAAACCUAGCUGUUAUUCUACAUUUAAAAUAGGGGGUUUGUUGUAAUAAUGUAUUGGGGUUGCAUAUUCGCUGAUUGCAAGAAUAUGCCCCAAGGUGAAAGUAUUCUUCAUAGUUCUUUGAUUUCUAAAAGAAGUUGAAGAAAUGACAGCUGUGUCGUGCAUAAAAUUGUUUGUUGCAUUGUUUUAAAAAGUGAGCAUUGAAGUUAAACGUGUUUAUUGCUGUUGUUUGUCCCUGAAGUAUGAGAAAAAAAUGAGUUUGGAAGAAGAGAAGCAAAGUUUAGAGUUUAUAGAAGAUCCAUACUUUAAUCCAGAUGAUAGUACUUCAACCCCAAGUCUAGAUGAACUCGAAAAUAUUGAAUAUUUAACUGAUAGUGACGUUUAUGACAAUGAAUUAGAUCUGUUUGAUUUACGAACUAUAGAUUUUGAUGACAUUAAUUUCUCAUCAUUAGGUGUUAUUGAUGAAUCUGUUAAUGUCGAAGCAGAAUUCUUUAAUGUUAAACGUGCUAAUGCAAUUAUCAGAGCUUUUUUUAAAAAGGGUUUUAAAAGGCAUGUGCGUGUAACAUAUUGUGAUCUUACAAAACCUUACUUAGCCAAGUUUCCUAAAGACAGCAAUUUUAGAAAAUAUUUAGAUAUUAGCCUUAAUGAAGACGUUGCAUCCGCUAGUGGGGAUAACUUAGCAGAUAGUGUUUCAAAUUUGUCUCUGGAAGAACAGGAGCAGCAAAAGGAAGCGUGGAAAAAAGAAUUAGCUCAAGUUGAAGAUGAAAUAACUACCCUUAGAACUGUACUUGCCUCCAAAAUGAGAAGAAGUGCAGAAUUAAAGCGAUUGCUUGGAAUUACCGUUUGGAAAGAAAUUUCCGACGAUAUGAACCAAGGCAUUAAAAACGUAAAAGAAAGUAACGUUUACCAAACUGUUGAACAAAAGGUGGAACAGGUUGCUAAGGCUGUUACAGAUGCUCCAUUAUACCAAAAGACUUCUUCAGUUAUUGGUGGAAUAACUGGAAGCAUCACCAAUAAAUUGGGUCAAAUGCGUCAUUCCGAAUCAUUUCGUUCUAUAGAAGAGAAAGUGGAAUCGGCAUUUGAAAAUGUUAAGACCAAGGUUGCAUCUCGUUCGAGCUCCAUGCAGAGCCUAGAUGACCAGCCAAAGUCUCGAUCAGGAUCCAUAGUAACAACGCCAAUUGCUGAAGAAAAACCAAUCGCUUAGAGUGUACAGCGCAAUGCUGCCUUUGUUCUAACUAAAGUUGUUUUUUGUAUACAAAAACAAGGCCGCCUUAACUACUAAUGAAUGUGUAUCUGGAUGAUAUUAGCUUUUUAAAUGUUUUUUAAGGGCUUUGGAAGGUGCGCAGGCAGUUCCAAUUAUUUAUCAACUUACGAAUUAAAAUAGCUGAUCAUAUAAAUAAUAUAAAUCCAUAUUGACUUCGUAAUGGUUAUUUUUGUAAGAAUAUAAUAAAUUUCAGCACUUAAAGAAUCAUAUAAUAAAUUAUUGUACUUAUAGUUACGUACUUUUGCCUGAAGUUAUUAUUUAAUGUAUAAUAAUAGCAUACAAUAUUUUAUUAUAUUUUAUGUAAGUAAUUAAGUACCAAGAAAAUCUUUGUUAGUAA